AUGAAUGUGACUGUUCGUGCUGCGGUGGAAUCAGACCUCCCACAGGUGCGUCAGAUAUACGAGUACUACGUGCUUAACACUGUGGUCUCUUUUCUCGUGCAAAAGCCACCGCCUGAUUAUGUCGCUGAACGUUACCACGAUUCAGUGGCUCGGCAUUUACCGUAUUUGGUGGCUGUUGACGAGGGCGGUACAGUCGUUGGAUACUCGUACGCCUCGGCUUUUCGUGGCUUCAUGCUGGGCUAUGGACAUUCUGUGGAGAUAAGCCUUUACUGCCACCCCACACACCAGAAGAAAGGCAUAGGGAGCAGGAUGAUCAAGCGGCUGAUCGAACUACUUCGGCAGACCAAGCAUGUGUCGAAGGAAGUGGGCCACGAAGACCACCCGGUUGAGGUUGACGUCAGAAAGGUCUUUGCUGUCAUGGCGAUAGAUGAAGAAGCUCCUGGCCAGGGCAUGGCACUACGAGAUUGGUACAAACGAUGGGGAUUCGAAGAAGUUGGAAGACUCAAGGGUGUAGGGUUCAAGAAGGGAAAAAUGUGA